AUGGCGGAAUAUAUGUCAGAAAGAGAACUGAGAAAAAUUGAAAGAAAUAUGAGAAAGGAGGAAGAUAGAUUAAAAAGACAAAAUGCAAGAACACUAGAAAAGGAGGAAAAACGUAAGCGUGAGCAAAGUGAACAUGAUAAAAAGGAGAGAGAACAACUUGAACUACAAAAGCAGAGAGAAAGGUUAAUACAGGAACGGCGUAAACUUAAAGAGAAAAGCAAGCUGCUAUAUGAAAUGGAAAAAGGAAUAAAAGAAAGAGAAAGGGUAGAUAAGGAGAUAAGACAGAAGUCUAAAGAUAUUAAGAAAAAUUUUGAAAGUGAUUCAAGUGAAACAGAGAAAGAGUUUCAAGAAUUAGAACAAGUUGCUAGUGAUCAUAAUAGUAGUAUAGAAAGAAAAGAAAGAAGUGAUAAAAGGAGAAAGUAUACAAGUUCAAGUAAUGAGAGCCUAAGACUGAAAGAAAGUGAAAUUACACAAAGCAGGAGAGCUGUACGUCAAGAUAGUUCAGAUAGUGAAUAUUCAGAUUUAGAUAAAUCAACGGAAUUACAGGCAAAUGCUAGACAGACAUUUAGUGGAGAAAGAAUGAAGGAAAGGAAAGGUUCAGAUCUGAAUAUGAAAGAUGAAGUGAGCUUCAGGAAUGAAAACCCACUAUCAAGUGAUAGUCUAGAAGAUAAAGAAAGUGAAAGAGAAUUAGAGUCAGAACAAUCUGAAAGUGAUGCCUCGGAAGAUGCAUACACAACAGUUGAUCAAAUAUAUGAUGUAGAUUAUAUUGAAAAUCCGAGACAUAAUAGUACAGAGAUUGAGAUUGAAGAAAACAAAGAUGUGAAUUUUGAGAAUGAAAUGAAAUGGCUUGAUGAAAAAUGGCAGCAAUAUCAAUGUGAAAAUGCUGAAUUGAAAUCUAGUAUAGAUAAACUUAGAAAUACAGAGACAGAAAAAGAAAAUAUAAAACGAGAUAGAAACAAACAUUUAAAGUAUACGGCUGCAGAAGAUAUGUUGAAAGAGAAAAUAAAACAGUUAAAGAUUAGAGAAAAGAGGGUAAAUGAUGCUAUCCAAGAAAAUAGAAUGCUUAAACAAAAACAAGCUGAAGAACUAGACAAAUUAAAGCAUAGGCAGACAGAAGCCAAAAGACAAAGUGAGAAGCGAAAGAUAGAGAAAGAUAAACUGAAGAAAUUGAAGGACGAGGAACUGUUACUAAAGCAACGAAUUAAGGAGAAAGAAGCUCGAUUACUUAAUAAGAACAGAACUAAUGCUGAAAUAAAUGAGAACAAAAGCGAUACUAGAAAGGCAAACAAAAGUGAGAAAACUGAAAGUACGAAAGCAAAGUUACACAAGCCCAAUAUCCCAUCAUUAACUGAAACUACAUUCGAAGAAUGGAAAAUAGAGGUUGAAAUUAUUCUUAAGUCGGGACUAUAUGAGGAAAAUAUUCUCCGACAAGCAAUUAGAAAUUCGUUAUGUGGACACACCAGAAAGAUAUUGUUGACCAUGAGUCCUGAUGCAACCAUACAGCAAAUUAUAAACAAGUUAGAAGGUGUAUAUGGAAACAUCAGAUCGGGUGAAUCAGUUUUAUCUGAAUUUUACAUGUCGAAACAAGGAAAGGAUGAAAAUGUGUCAGAAUGGGGCUUGCGAUUAGAAAGUAUAUUACACAGAGCAAUAGAAAAAGGUCAUAUAAAAGAAGAACAAAGAGAAGAUAUGUUAAAAGCAAGAUUCUGGAGGCAUUUGUACAGCGAGGACCUGAAAAACGCUACAAGACUAAGCUUUGAAACAUCAAAGUCUUUUGAAGAGUUGCGAAGAAAAGUACGUAUAGAAGAAAACGAGAUGUCGAUGACGAGAAUACAAGAGUAG